AUGUUGAAAUCAAAUAGUCUUCUUUGGAGAUUUUCGACUAUACAAAGUUUGUUCAAUUCUUCAGAAUGUAAAAAUUAUAUUUGUACGACAUCCUUCUUAAAUCGAUGGUAUGUACAUUUUUUACGUACACCUCGUGUUUAUACCCCACCUAAAACUCCAAUAACUUUUGACAAAGAUUGGGAAAAUGAACCGUACCAGCCGAAAGCUAAAAAUGAAUAUAUUUCGUCUAUUAAAUCUUUAGAAGAUUUUCAAAGAUUGGAUGAACGUUGCAAAGCUAUGUUUACAUAUGCUUUUGUUCCUAAAAAACAAGAAUAUGAAGAGAAUGUUAUUAAAACAUUGGAAAGUUUAGGUUUUAAGCCAACAGACGAUUGUUUAGCUGCAAAAAUUGUUCGAAUGACAUUAGAAUUACGUUAUAAGAAAUGGCGUUUAAAAGAACAACCACGUUGUGUUACAUUAAGACUGGCUACUAGAUGUCUUUUAAAUGCACGAAAACGUGAUUUAAGACUAUUGCGUGCAACAAAUCUACCUGAAUUUCAUAGAAUUACAUCUGCUUUAAAAAUUACCGGUUAUGAACAUGUGGAUCCUUAUCGAUUACCUACGAAUGAUCCAGUUGUUCAACGUAAAAUUUCUUUUCGUCAUGAAUGCUAUCAGAAACGUCUUACUAAACUUGCUGUGUUGAAAGCAAAACUUUUAUCAUCAGAAUCAGAAUUCUACAAUCGUAAAAACAAAACGCUAACAAAUUUAUUGAAUGAUUUAAGUAUGUUAGUAGUUGAAGAUGCUAACAAUCCAGAGAAUAAAACUAUUGAAGCUAAAAAUUUAAUGAAACAGCUAUUUAAUGAAAUUGUUGAAGAACGUAAACUAGAAACAUUACAAGCACCAAUGGAAGAUCAACUUACAUGGUAUGCUAAAGAAGCCGUAAAACGUGAACAAUAUCAUGCGAAACAAGCACAGAAAUUAGAAAAACAACAACGUAAAAUGCGAAAAUAAUCAACAAUACUACUAGUAUUAUUAUUAUCAGUAGUAUUGAUAGUAGCAGCAGUAUUUGUGUGUGUGUGUGCAUGUAAAUUGACUGUGUAAAUAAUAUUCAACUUGUCAAUCAUGUUGAAUAUUGUUGAUUGGUGGUUGAAUUUUUGAUAAAUUUUCUGUAAAUUAAGUAAGUUAGAAAAUGUAAAAAUAAAUUCGAUUUUAUUUUAA